AUGUCUUCUUGUAUUGUAGGAGAGCAACAUCGUAAACAGAGAAAAAUGUUAAACCCUGUUUUCUCGAUUGCUCAUAUGCGCGAAAUGGUACCUAUAUUCUAUCAAGUUACACAUCAGCUUCGAGCUACUCUCAAAAUGAGGGUUCAGAACGGCCCACAAGAGAUUGAUCUUUUGAGAUGGACGGCUAGGCUUGCCUUGGAGCUGGUGGCUCAAAGCGGACUAGGUCAUUCGUUUGAUCCAUUAACUGAGGAUGAACCUCCCCAUCGGUACCUUAAAUCUGCAAAAGAACUUUUGCCUCUGGCUUUCAAGUUCAUUUUCCUUCGCACAUACUUCGUCUCAACAAUUGUCAAAAUCGGUUCUCCGAGGUUUCGCCGUGCUAUAUUGGAUUUGAUACCAUGGAAAGACGCCCAUCGUCUCCGAGAUAUAAUUGACGUUCUUCAUGAAACAUCCAUUGAAAUCCUGGAAACAAAAAAGAAAGCACUGGCGGAAGGUGACGAGGCCAUCGCUAUGCAGGAAGAAAAAGAUAUCCUCAGCAUCCUCUUGAAAGCAAACAUGAAAGCACUGGAUUCUGACAGACUAACUGACCAAGAGCUGCUUGGGCAAAUGUCGACACUGAUUUUCGCUGCGAUGGACACCACAUCGAGUGCACUGUCUCGCACCCUUCACCUACUUGCAAUGCACCCCGAUGUACAAGAGAAACUCCGUCAAGAAUUGAGGGAUGCAAAACUGGUUCAGGACGGUGAUCUUGCUUACGAUCAAUUGGUUUCCCUACCCUACCUCGAUGCUGUGUGCCGAGAAACGCUCAGGAUGUACCCCCCUUUUUCUAUGGUCCAAAGAACUACUCGUCAGGAUGUAGUCUUACCCCUGUCUAAACCUAUCAGAGGGCUAGACGGGAAAGAGAUGUCAGAGAUCCCUGUUCCAAACAACACAAAUAUCAUCAUUGGCGUCAUGGCGUCAAAUAGGAAUUCAGAGCUUUGGGGACCAGAUUCUUACGAAUGGAAGCCGGAAAGAUGGCUGAAGCCUCUUCCUGAUCCCUUAGUGGAUGCCCAUCUGCCAGGAAUAUAUUCCAAUCUGAUGACAUUCCUUGGUGGAGGAAGGGCAUGCAUCGGGUUCAAGUUUUCUCAGCUGGAAAUGAAGGUUGCCCUUUCCAUUCUGAUCGAAACUUUUAGAUUUUCGCCUCCAGAUAAGAAAAUAGUUUGGCAGAUGAAUACGAUCGCCUCGCCAACUACAUCGCGGAUUGAGAACAUUGGGCAUAAUCAUCUUCCGCUGAUUGUUGAGUUGGUAAAAAAUUGA